AUGAAUAGCCACAUUCUCUCACUCUUUUAUCGGCUGAUGAUUUCCAGAUCCCGAUCUGCCAAGCCAUCAAAAAUUAGAACUUCCUCGCGCUCUGCGCCUCCGGCUACUACGACCGCUCCCCUUCCACCGACUGAUUCCCAACUUUAUGAUCCAGACCGGCGGGCCCGGGAACCCCACCCCGAGAACCCCAAGGCCGGCCGCUCCAUAUGGGGCGGCACGUUUGCCGACGAGCUCCGCCCCGGUCUUCGCCAUACCGCCCGCGGCGUCGUCUCCAUGGCGAACAAGGGCCCCGACACCAACGGCUCGCAGUUCUUCAUCCUGCUCGAUAAAGCCCCCACCUCGACGGCCUCAACACCGUCUUCGGCAAGGUCUUGGGCGACGACAGCCUUGCGGCGCUGGCCAAGAUAG